UGCUGCGGUGCAGUUUCGACAGAACGAUUCCAGCUGAAAGUGCGACACACUUUUUCUCAAUCAUCGCUGCAAAGCGAACUUUUCGCAAUGCCAACUCGUAACAGUUCAGGAGCGCCCGCGAUCGGCAUCGACCUGGGCACGACGUACUCCUGCGUCGGCGUCUUCCAGCACGGUCGUGUCGAGAUCAUCGCCAACGAUCAGGGGAACCGCACGACGCCGAGUUAUGUCGCCUUCACAGACACGGAGCGCCUCAUCGGGGACGCCGCCAAGGCGCAGACGGCAAUGAACCCCGAGAACACGGUAUUCGACGCAAAACGACUCAUCGGCCGCAAGUACGACGACCCCAAGAUUCAGGAGGACCUGAAGCACUGGCCCUUCAAGGUUGUCAACGAGUGCGGCAAGCCCAAGAUCUGCGUCGAGUUCAAGGGUGAGAAGAAGCGGUUCAACCCGGAGGAGAUCAGCGCCAUGGUACUGACGAAGAUGAAAGAAACAGCCGAGGCUUACUUGGGACAGAAAGUGAAGGAUGCCGUCGUCACUGUGCCGGCCUACUUCAACGAUUCUCAGAGGCAGGCAACGAAGGACGCAGGUGCCAUUGCCGGGCUUAACGUGCUGCGGAUCAUCAACGAACCGACCGCUGCGGCGCUGGCGUACGGUCUCGACAAGAACCUUCGAGGUGAGAAGAACGUCCUUAUUUUCGAUCUCGGAGGCGGCACCUUCGACGUCUCCGUUCUGACCAUCGACCAAGGUUCCAUGUUCGAGGUGCGCUCGACCGCCGGUGACACGCAUUUGGGUGGCGAGGAUUUCGACAACCGGAUGGUGACGCACUUUGUCGAAGAGUUCAAGCGUAAGCACCGCAAAGACUUAAGCAAGAACAUUCGGGCCGUCCGAAGGCUGCGUACGGCCUGUGAGCGCGCCAAGAGGACGCUGUCCAGCUCGGCGGAGGCCAGCAUCGAGAUCGACGCCCUCCACGAAGGCGUCGACUUCUACACCAAGAUCACCCGGGCGCGCUUCGAAGAGCUCUGCAUCGAUCUCUUCCGCAGCACGCUGGGACCCGUGGAGCGCGCCCUCCAGGACGCCAAGAUGGACAAGAGCCAGAUCCACGACGUCGUUCUGGUCGGAGGCUCGACGCGCAUACCCAAGGUGCAGAAGCUGCUCCGAGACUUCUUUAACGGCAAAGAACUGUCGAUGGGCAUCAACCCGGACGAAGCUGUCGCCUACGGAGCAGCGGUUCAGGCAGCCGUGCUGAGCGGGGACAACAGCGAAAGCAUCCGGGACGUCCUGCUUGUGGACGUCGCGCCCCUGUCGCUCGGCAUUGAGACCGCCGGCGGCGUGAUGACGCGCAUCGUCGAGCGCAACACCCGAAUCCCGUGCAAGACGUCCCAGACGUUUACCACCUACUCGGACAACCAGCCCGCAGUCACCAUCCAGGUGUUCGAAGGCGAGCGCGCCAUGACCAAGGACAACCACCUGCUCGGCACGUUCAACCUGAACGGCAUUCCGCCGGCUCCUCGCGGCGUGCCCAAGAUCGAAGUGACCUUCGACAUGGAUGCCAACGGGAUCCUGCACGUAUCGGCCAAGGACCAGAGCACGGGCAGGCAGGAGAGCAUUCGCAUCACCAACGACAAGGGCCGCCUCAGCAAGGAAGAGAUCGACAAGAUGCUUGCGGAGGCCGAGAGGUUCAAGCAAGAAGACGAGGCCCAACGAGACCGCGUGGCGUCCAGGAACGCGUUGGAGUCCUACGUGUACAGCGUCAAGCAGGCAGCUGAGGAAGCCGGAAGCAAGAUGUCGUCGAGCGACCGGGAGAGUGUCCUGGAGAAGUGCAGGCAGGCCAUCUCGUGGAUCGAUUGCAACAGCCUCGCCGAGAAGGACGAGUACGAGGACAAGCUCAAGGAGCUGCAGCAGUUCUGCUCGCCUUACAUGUCCAGGAUGCACCAGGGCGGCAACAAGCAGGGCAGUUCCUCGACGCAGCAGUCUGGGCCCACCAUCGAAGAAGUCGACUAAGCAUGCUGUGCACGCUUAGAAACUGUUUUUAAUGAACUUCGGCGAUCAAGCGCGCUGUGCGCACUCGAUCGGUCUGUGCAUGUAGUAGACUCUUUAUUUAAACUGUAUAGUGCUUGUACAUAUGUAUAUACUAACAAACAGCUGUAUUUUUCUUGAAUAAAUGUGCUAUUCUCGUAGCAUA